AUUUAUAAUUGCCUGUCAGCCACUGAAGUACUUUUGAAGUAUUGUUACUGUUCAGAUAAACACAACAGCCAAUUAUAGCCUAAGUGUGGGCAUCAGUUCAGUGUUAAUUAACUGGUCAAGUAAUCCAGAGGCUUAGGUUAACACUCUAGAGACAUGGGUUCAAAUCCCACCAUGGCAGUAUUUAAAAUAAAUUAAUAAAUCUGUAAUUAAAAACUAGUUUCAAUACUGGUGACCAUGAUUAUUGUAAAAAUCCAUCUGGUUCACGAAUGCAUGUAGUGAAGGCAAUCUGCUAUUCUUUCCCAGUCCGACCUACAUAUUAAUCAAAAUGAUUGACUCUUAACUGCCCUCCUAAAUGGCCUCACAAGCCACUCAGAUCAGGGGCAAUGAGUGGUGGGCCACAAAUGCUGGCUUUGCCAGGAUGCCCACAUUUCAUAAAUGUUGUCCUUCAAGCAACACUGGUAUAUGUCAACCAGAAUAGCAGGAAAUAUUCUAUCAUACUUCUUCAAGUUUUGCCAGGAAAUCUUAGAACCAAGUGAAUAGACAAACAAAAAAAACUUUAGCUUAAAAUCUUGUUUAAAAGCUAAUGCUUCCAACAAUGCUGUAGACUGUCAGUCCACUCUGGACUAUAUGCUGAAAUCUUUCCGGAUUUGGACUUGAACUCUGCAAAUUUCAAAGAUGUAUUUCCUACAUGAGUCCAAUUAAUUUUCAUUCAACAAAAAAAAAGCAAUGGUUAGAAAUGUUCCGAGGAAACAUCCAUUCACCAGAACUGUCUGCCUCUUAUCAGUUAUCCAAUUAUGCACCACAUCACCUCCAUCACUGUAAUCCCUCCAUUCUCACUUCUUGAAUAAAUCUGCAUGUGGUAUUCUGACAGAAUUCUCCUCCACAUAUAAAGUUCUGUAGGCUCGUUCAUUUUGGGCAGACUUUUAUUGAAGUUUAUAUUUUAUUAUAAGAAGUGUUUUCAUUGCUGACCGUAAAAUGCAUUAGUAUGUUCUUUCUGUUACCUUCUGCAGGGGAAAUGCCUGGCUCAGAGUGAGACCCAUCCUGGGAAUAUGGAGAGGGUACCUUUGGAGGGGCAGGUGCGGGUAAGGGUGCUAGAUAGGUAUCCCAAAAGUAUGAGUCAUUAACUGCAGGAUGUCUUCUAAUUUAUUUCUGACAGGUGUCCCGAGACCUACACAAGACUGCAGCUGAGGAACAGAGAGCAGGGAGAGAGGGAGGGAACUAGGGAUCAAGCUGGGAGGCCACAAAUCAUUGUCGGGAUCAUUGACAAGGUCAGAGUGGUGCUGGCAACAACUGGGCCAAAGGACAUUACACUGAAGGAGCUGAACUGGUUGACUCUGUCCUGGACGUGGUGAGAAAGGAGGCAGAAAGUUGUGAUUGUCUCCAGGGCUUUCAACUUACCCACUCACUGGGUGGUGGUACUGGUGCUGGCAUGGGCACACUCCUCAUCAGCAAGAUCCGUGAAGAAUACCCUGACAGAAUAAUGAACACAUUUAGUAUUGUGCCUUCACCAAAAGUGUCAGACACAGUAGUAGAACCUUAUAAUGCCACCCUGUCUGUCCAUCAGCUUGUGGAGAACACUGAUGAGACUUAUUGUAUUGAUAAUGAGGCUCUGUAUGACAUUUGUUUCCGAACCCUCAAACUCACGACUCCUACUUAUGGUGACCUGAACCACCUUGUGUCAGCUACCAUGAGUGGUGUAACAACCUGUCUACGUUUCCCCGGUCAGCUCAAUGCUGACCUGCGUAAACUAGCAGUGAACAUGGUCCCCUUCCCCCGUCUGCACUUUUUUGUGCCAGGGUUUACUCCUCUGACCAGCCGUGGCAGCCAGCAGUACCGUGCCCUCACAGUACCUGAGCUUACCCAACAGAUGUUUGAUGCCAAGAACAUGAUGGCUGCCUGUGACCCUCGGCAUGGCCGCUACCUGACCGUUGCUGCUGUUUUCCGAGGCCGCAUGUCCAUGAAAGAGGUGGAUGAACAAAUGUUGAAUGUCCAGAACAAAAACAGCACGUAUUUUGUUGAAUGGAUUCCCAAUAAUGUUAAGACAGCUGUUUGUGAUAUCCCACCUCGAGGCCUCAAGAUGUCUGCCACCUUUAUUGGCAAUACAACAGCGAUCCAGGAGCUGUUCAAACGCAUCUCUGAGCAGUUUACUGCCAUGUUCCGGCGGAAAGCCUUCUUGCAUUGGUACACUGGUGAGGGCAUGGAAGAGACUGAGUUCACUGAGGCUGAGAGUAACAUGAAUGACCUGGUUUCUGAGUACCAGCAAUACCAGGAUGCCACAUCUGGAGAGGAGGCCGAAGAGGAAGAAUUAGGAGGAGAAGAAAAUUAAGCUAUAUAUUGUGAUUUAUCUACAAAGCUUCAGAUGUGCAGUCCUCUUUUGCCAUUCUGCGCUUUCUUGUUUUGAUAUCAAAUGCUACUUUGUAAGGGAAUAAAUUUAAAUAAUUGCAAUGCAGUUUUGUUUGGAGUGUUGUUUUCCAAGUUUGAAUCCAAUGUGUUUGUAUUAUUUAAUGAGAGAUCCUCAACCCCAGACAGCUAGUGAUCCAUUGCUAAAUUGAUCUAUAAGAUGUACAGUAGCUAAGUGAAGAUAUUUUCAUUGUAUGACGAUUGGUAUGAGGUAAAGAAAAAGACUUUUAGUGAGAUACAUGCAGAUAAUAAAGAAUGACAAAAAUUACUAUUCUGUAUCUUAAUAAAAAUCUUAAGUUGAUCUUCUGGUCUACAAAACCUUGCUUCCUGCUGUCACACAUUUUCAUUAUAAAUUCCCAAUACCACUUUUGUACUGGAAAUUACCUGUGUAAACUAAUCACCUUGUAACUGCAUCAUCUAGUCAGUGGGUAACCUUUCCCACAGGCUCUUCUCAAUGUUUUUAAACAUUUGCCAUGAAUAUUUUUGAUCCACCUUUUUUCCCCUCAGUAGCAGAAAUAUCUAUGUCCAAAGUAACA